CGUAGAUAAUGUGAAGAAUUCCCAACGAACUCCAUUUCGACCUCUUCUGGAAAAAGAAUCCUGUGACGAAGAAGUCAUUCAUAUGAUCAAGAAGUGCUGGACAGAAGAUCCUACAGAGAGACCUGAUUUCCAAGCUCUUAAAUCGAUCAUUAGAAGACUUAACAAAGACAAUGACAGUGGUAACAUUUUAGACAAUUUGUUAUCACGAAUGGAACAGUAUGCGAAUAAUCUAGAAGCUCUUGUUGAGGAAAGAACAGCGGACUAUUUGGAAGAGAAAAGGAAGGCGGAAGACCUCUUAUACCAGCUUUUACCAAAGUCUGUGGCCAGCCAGCUGAUCAGAGGUGAAUCUGUGACAGCCGAGGCAUUUGACGGCGUCACCAUUUAUUUCAGCGACAUUGUCGGUUUCACAGAGAUGUCAGCGGAGAGCACUCCUAUGGAAGUAGUUGAUCUUCUGAAUGAUUUAUAUACAUGCUUUGAUUCAAUUAUUGAGAAUUUUGAUGUAUAUAAGGUUGAAACAAUAGGUGACGCAUAUAUGGUAGUAUCAGGAUUGCCAGUGAGGAACAGCAAUCUUCAUGCUCGAGAAAUAGCCCGAAUGUCCUUGGCGCUUCUUAAUACUGUCAAAUCGUUCACCAUCCGGCAUCGACCUCAAGAGAAACUAAAACUGAGGAUAGGUUUACAUACCGGUCCUUGUGCAGCAGGAGUUGUCGGUCUAAAGAUGCCGAGAUAUUGUUUAUUUGGAGACACUGUAAAUACAGCAUCCAGGAUGGAAUCAACAGGAUUACCUCUCCGAAUCCAUUUAAGUACAAAGACCAAGGAAGUUCUAGACACAUUCCAAACGUUUCUCUUAGAAUGUAGAGGUGAUAUUGAAAUAAAAGGUAAAGGCAAAAUGACGACAUACUGGUUGAUCGGAGAACAAGAGAAACCCCCAACUGUCAAUCCUCCCAUGCCUAAGAAAGAAGACAAUACUCCCAUUUCCAAAAAAGAAGAUAUUACAAAAGAUGUCCGAGAAACCAACCUAUAAGGAUACGAACUUUAUUCGAAAUUUCAUAGUCUCACCAGUGCACUUAUUAUACGUCAAAGUUACGACACCAGAGUGCACCUGAAGAUGCUGGUCGUCUUUAGUGAAGGUUCACGUGAUACAUCCAUACACCAAAAUUCGCAUCGUCUCCAUCAACAUUUCCCAUCCAGUGUGGUUCAGCAGGAAAUAACCUUUCUUAUGUCUCGUUUGCACCACAGUCCAAAUUGCACUGUAUAUGAAACAGUUAUGGAAACCAGGGACCGAGUUUUCCAGAGCUUAAAACGGAAAGAACAUGUUACUUAUACUUGUGGUGCACUACCGGGGUGUUAGAGAAAAUGAUCGAAUAAAAAUGUUUAUCGAUUGCUUGUAAUUAAAGAAAAUUAAUAUAUACUACAAUAUUACAUGGCAAA